AUCUGUGAAUUCAGUUGACACCGAGCCGUGAUCGCGAAAUAUCAUUCUUCUUGUGCAGCGUUUCGUUAAGACAAAUCAAAGUCGCAGGAUAACUGCUGUCCUCAUUUUCGAAUAAAAAAGGACGAAAUCUUAGUCGAAAGUGAAAUAAAAGAAUCUUAUAGAAAACGGUUUAUUACAACAAAAAUAAAACAUAAAAUUGUUUUUGAAAUAUCUCCACACAGAAGGAUUGAUUGAUUUUCUGUGAAUAUGGCCAAAAGUGGUAUGCCAAGCCCAAGGCAGCUGACAGUGUGGGCAGCGUGCUUGUUCGCCUUGGUCGCUGUAUCGCAGUGCUAUUUCGAUGAGACCUUGAGAAGGGAUUUUCCAGGACCCUACUGCGCCCAGAUCAAGAGAUGCUGUAGCGACAGACAAGACAGCUGUUCAGUGCCUAUAUCAGAUACUCUAUGCUACUGUGAUGCUUUCUGUGAUCGCGAGCGCUCUGCCGAUUGCUGUCCCGAUUAUCGUUCAUUCUGUAUGAAUGAACCAGAUCCAAUCAUCAGCUGCCUGCACAAUGGCAUACACUUUAGUAUUUACAACACGACUCGGGACAAUUGCAACGAAUGUCGUUGCACAGAGGGUGGUCAUGUGGUGUGCGAUAAGGAUCUAUGCUUGACCGAUGAAGACUUGAUUCACAAUGUCAACUCGAUACGUUCUCUGGGCUGGUCAGCUCGCAAAUACAAUGAAUGGUGGGGCCACAAGUACUCCGAGGGUCUGGUGAAGCGUUUGGGCACCAAAGAACCCACCUAUCGUGUCAAGGCCAUGAUUGGUCUACACAACAAAGCUGAUCAUUUGCCCAGAAACUUCAAUGCCGUUGACAAGUGGUCCGAAUACAUUUCCGAUGUACCAGAUCAAGGCUGGUGCGGUUCCUCUUGGGUCAUUUCUACCUCCUCGGUGGCUUCCGAUCGUUAUGCUAUUCAAAGUCAAGGCAAGGAAGUGAUACAGCUCUCACCCCAAAACAUUUUGUCCUGCACCAGGAAACAACAAGGCUGUGAUGGUGGUCAUUUGGAUGCUGCCUGGCGUUAUCUUCACAAACAAGGUGUAUUGGAUGAAAAUUGCUAUCCCUAUGUUGGAUAUCGUGAAACAUGCAAAGUUUAUCACAAAAAACGUUCUCUAUCAUCCUAUGGUUGCCGGCCAGCACCUGGAGUCGAUCGCGAUGAGUUCUACACAGUGGGCCCCGCCUACUCCAUCAGAAACGAGACUGAUAUAAUGGCAGAAAUUUACAACUCGGGACCUGUGCAGGCCACCAUGCGCAUCUACAGAGAUUUCUUCUCGUACUCGGGCGGUGUGUAUCGCCACAGUGCUGCCAGCCGCAGCAGUCCCACCGGAUUCCACUCAGUCAAAUUGGUUGGCUGGGGUGAAGAGCAUGAUGGUCUCAAAUACUGGAUUGCGGCCAACUCCUGGGGUCCUUGGUGGGGUGAGCACGGCUACUUCCGUAUUUUGCGCGGCAGCAAUGAGUGCGACAUUGAAGACUAUGUGCUGGCUGCUUGGCCCAAUGUCUACAACUACUUCAAAACUUCCAGUUUUACCAAUAAAUAUUAGGACUACCAUAAUUAACCAACGACAAAGAGACCUCAGCCAAAUUAAGCAACGCCAAUUAAAUCUCGUUACUUUUCCAUAAGUUUAGUGUCGUUCUCUUUUGAAAACAAAACGAAUCUUAUACUACUUUUAAACUUAAGUCUAGAUUUUAGUCCAAGCACCUCCGUGAAUACUCGGGACGACACACGAUGACUUGGUCCACGCUCCCUCAAUGUCUUUGUAACGGAAUGCGAACAUAACAAAACAGUAAAGUAUUUAUAGCUUUGUUCUUUUUGUAAUAUUAAGAUUUACUUUUAUUAUUUUUUUUGAUAAGUUAGUUUUUUUUUGAUUUUAUUUAUAACAUAAAAUUUUUUUAUUUUUGUAUUUGUUAUUGUCAAACCUAAAACUGCCCCCUAUUCCCUUCAGUCGGAGAGGAAGGCAAUUCUGCCAGUUUUGCUGUUCAUUUAGUUUGAUGUAGCCUCCUGGCAAAGUCUUUGGAACUCUCUCUCUGCCUUUUAUCUUAACUGCCAAUAAUUCCCUUAUUAAUAAAAUAAAAUACAAAAUUCUUCCCUUAUUUUAAUAGACUUUUCAAAUUGUGCAUCCCAAAAUUGCAUGUUAACACCAACAUCUAGUUUAGCAAGUCCCUCAAAUUGUAUAAGAUUGUAAAACUAUUAAUAAUAACUAAAAUAAUAUUUAAUAUGUAUUAUGAUACAAAAUUUAAUAAUGUAUACACAUUUACACAUAACUUAUGUACAAAAUCAAAUAAAAAAACAAAAACAUGAAAACACUAAAA